AUGCUGAAGCGAAAGCGUGAGAACCAUGAUUCCGAGGAACCCGAGAAAGAGCGACAGUACCUCGGGUUAAAGGUGUCUGGGUUGAGGGCCAGAGUCACUCGAAGCGUUAAGAUCCUCCACGAUGCCCUAAAGCUAGCCCGAGGUUUCGAGAGACAGAAACUGGGCCGCCGUCAGAAGAAUGCAAGCGACAAUCCUCAAACCUUACUUCGACUGCGAGAAGAAGUUGUCGUCCUCAAACAACUGCAGCUCGAACAAACAGCGCAGAACCAACUCCUGAAGCACUUGGUCAGAACAAAACGUAUCAAGGAGCACCCUGUAUUCAUCAAGGCCUAUGGGCUGGAUCCCGCACUGGAACCUGUGAAGUCAAGCGCCGAGGCAAAUGUGAUCGGAAGACUGUUCAAUUCGAAUCCCGUCAAACAGGUACUGCCUGAGAUUAUGAAAACUAUCUACGACGCACUCGAGAUUCCUCAGUCAGGGCAAAUUGCUUCAACAGGGACAAAAAAAGCAUCCGAGAAACUGACCAAUUCGAGGGCAGGCCCAGAAGAGGAAGAUGAAUUCGAUGGGUUUUCCCCGGACGCAUCCGAAGACGAGGGUUCUAGACGUUUGGAUGACCACAUAUUUGAACUCGGAAAAGGGCGCCUAGCAUCUUCUGAAGAGGAGUCUGAUGAAGAAACCCCUGAGGACCGAAUGCGGGUGGCUGAUGCGGGAAGAUAUGUUAGACAUGAGGAUCUCUCCAUAUCGCCAUCACCUAGCGAAGUGUCCGAACCCGACGACGAGAUCUCUCGAAAGUCACACUCCACUGACACCACGAAGAAAACAGCAUUUUUACCAUCCCUUAGCAUGGCAGGCUACUACUCCGGAUCAGAAUCCGAAGACAACGCGAAUGGUUACCAAGGCCCGGCGCUUCCCAAACCCCGAAAAAAUCGACGUGGGCAACGUGCCCGACAGCAAAUAGCGGAGCUUAAGUUCGGAAAACAUGCUAAACACCUGGAGAAGCAAAAGGAUCGAGACGGAAGGAACACAGGAUGGGAUCCGAAGAGAGGUGCGGUGAGUCGCGGGGACCGCCCUCGAGACCGAUUCCACGACAGGAAACUCAAUCAGAAGCCGGCAGCAGUCCAUGCGGCUGGCCGGUCAGGUCAUCCACCGAAGCCCAGGUCUAAUGUACGUGAUGACCAAGGCCCGCUUCAUCCCUCCUGGGAAGCCGCGAAGAGGCGAAAGAUGCAGGAUCAAGGCCAGGCUACCUUCCAGGGAAAACGAAUAACUUUCGAUUGA